AUGGUAUCUCUCGCUACAAUUGACGAGGCGAAUCGCACCAUAAAGCCUAUGCGCCCUUUGAAGGGUAUUCUAAAGCAGAAAGUCCAGCUAAGCUUUGCUCCUGUCGAAUUCCACGGCGGAUCUCAAGACGACUAUCUGUACCACUUGCACAUCGCUUCGGUAUCGGACUGGUACUCCCGCUACCCACCUGUGGACGGGAGCAAGAAGAACCGAGUCACAUUUGACGACCAUCGGACGGUCAAGGUGUUUCUGAUCGAUGGUCCCAUGGCGGAGUGGCCCUGCUACCCGCACCACGACCCGGGCCACAUCCGCGUGUCCGAGCAAGAGUACUCCACGGAGGAUCUGGAGAUGAUCAAUAGUGUGCCAGACGACGACGACGAUUGCCCGGAGCAGCUGUACGAGUGUUCAGACUCGAGCAGUGACACCUCUAGCGAGGGCGGUCUUGCCACGCCUCCGCUCGGCCCCAUCAGCACCUUUGAUGUCCUCGACAUCAAGUUUGCCUCCCGCAGCUGGGACGAUAUGAUGGAAGAAGACGAAGAGAUUGAGCUUGGAGUUCCCGUGUUGGAAAAGACCAUCUCCACCACUCAUUCGAAUAUCGCCAUCUUUGAUGGCCUCGGUACCGGCAUCAAGGGACGACGAUGGGACGAGGACGAUGAAGACGACUUGCCUGUCUUGCCCAUGACGGCUACGCCAUGGAACGCCGACGUUUUCGACGGUCGAGGCCUUGGAAUUACAGGGAAGCGAUGGGAUGAAGACGAUGAGGAUGAGAUUGCCCUGGAUGUCUUGUCGGCGACCAUCUCCCAGCGCGCCGCACCACAGAUUACUAUUUUUGACGGACUCGGUACGGGGAUCAAAGGACGCCGGUGGGAUGACGAUGACGAUGACGAUGACGACUUUGACAUCUCCUCCUACGCUAUCGUCGCAGCGAUGGCAAAGCAAUCCCAGCGGAACACGGACGCUUGUCGUGCUUUGGGAAACCGCCUAAAGAGCCCGUCUGGGAAUGACUCGGAAGAUAACAACGAGGUCCGACGAGGGGAAGCGUGUAAAAAGAGCCCAUGCAUAGACGUAUGGGAUGGCAGGGGUCUCUCACUUCGGGGCAUGCAGUGGGCUGAUGACGAGCUUGAGGAAGAUUGA